ACUGACUACUGAGUAACUAUUUUGCACUCACCGGGUCACCGGAUUCACCUCUGUUCAUCGCGGGAUUUGGGGUUUUAAAUCUCCCCCAAAUUGAAAACCCUAAAGAUUUCUGAACUCCCGAUUACUCUUCCCUCCUCAAGUUAUUCCGAGCUCUGAAAAUCAAUCGUAGAAAAUCUAGAUGAAUCCGUUAACCCUAGUGAAGAGAAUUCAGAGCAUCAAUGCAAAAGAAGCAGAUUUAGGGAUUUCGGAUGAAGCUUCUUGGCACGCCAAGUACAAAGACUCUGCUUACGUUUUCGUCGGCGGCAUUCCUUACGAUCUCACUGAAGGCGAUCUUCUUGCCGUCUUCGCACAAUAUGGCGAAAUUGUGGAUGUUAAUCUUGUACGAGAUAAGUCCACGGGAAAAUCGAAAGGUUUUGCAUUUGUUGCAUAUGAGGAUCAAAGAAGCACUACUCUAGCUGUAGAUAAUUUGAACGGUGCUCAAAUUAGUGGUAGAACUAUUAGGGUUGAUCAUGUUGCUAAUUAUAAAAAGAAACAAGAGGAGGACGAGGAGGAGGAGAGGCAGAAGAGGGAAGAACGCGGUGUUUGCCGUGCUUUUCAGAAGGGCGAGUGUAAAUAUGGUGAUUCGUGCAAAUUCUCUCACGAUGAGCAAAGAGCUGCAGACACUGGAUGGGGUCACGAGGAGGAUAAAAAGUCAAAGUGGGCAAAUGAUAAAUCAUCCUACCCUAGGGUAGAACGAGGUGUUUGCCGUGGAUUUCAGAGGGGCGAUUGUAAAUAUGGCGAGGCAUGCAAAUUCUCUCACGAUGAACAAAGAGCUGCAGAUACUGGAGGGGGUCAUGAGGAGGAUAGAAGGUCAAAGUGGGCAAAUGAUAAAUUUGAUGAUCGUUCAAAGGAUAAUAAAAGAUCACGGGAUGUUCCACCUAGUCAUGGCCCAGAGCGGAAACGACUAGAUGCUUAUGAUGGAAGGAGUUCAAGGGGGAAAGAUAACAUCAAAAUUGCUCAUAAGAAAAAUGAUGAUGGUUUUAGUGAUGUUCAGGAUACUAGAGACAGGGGCAAGCGAUCAGAAUACAAAGAAGACCGAGACAAGAGAACAGUUGAAAGAUCAUCAAGGUAUGAAUCUGAAUCAAAAUCUAGAGAUGAUUAUGACAGGAGGGAAGAAAAACGGCCAAGGAGGCAUGAUUCACAAACUAAUGUGAGGGACACUCGAGAUGAAAAAGACAGGGACAGGGAUAGGGAGAAGCGUUCAUCCAAUAAUAGGGAUUCUUCCCCUCAACGUCAUAGAGACAGGGAUGAUGGUGAUCACCAUCGAGCCAGGCGUGAUGAAGAUUACCAUAGAUCUAGGAGGUAAAGAAGUGUUGAACUGUGUCAGCUUCCUGGGACCAGCAUGAUUUUCCUCUCUUUUUCAUCUAACAAGGAUAAACCAUGUCUUGUCAGUUACUUUGAUUAUACAUUGUAGUAUUGCACUGUUGCUUUCUUUGUAGUUUCUGCCAAUGGCUGUUUGCUACAAUCUGAAAACUGACCAUUGGUUUAACAUCUGUUCCAUAAUUCUGGUCUUUGUAUUAGCACUCAAUAGUUUCUAUUUAAAGCAAGUAGGAGUGCCAUUGUAACGAAGAGAAAGGAAUGCUAAAAUCAUUUUGGAGAAAUCAAAAGUUGUUGGUAUUUGGA